UGACCAUGAAGGGAACAUCCAAGAAUGGAAUUACGCGUGCGAAUUCUACUCUAAACUGUUACCAAACGGUAGGAAUAUUUUUAUAAAUUUGAAAAGGUUACACUGAAAAAAUCAAGUAUACGAUCUUAACGAGUAUAAUGAUUCUGAUGACGUUCGCGAUCACACUGACGUUAUAUUACAUAGAAAGUCUUAAGAAUCAGUUUCAAAAAAUUUACAUGACAAUUAUCUUCAUGAUACUUGGUCUAAUCCCUAUAUUACUGGCACUGUUUGUUAAGAAACUUAGAAAGAACAAGUUACUGAUUUAUGGCCUCUUUCUAUUGACUGUGUUCUUUUGGUCUUUUGCAUUACCUCCUGCAUCUAUAUUUGCUGAGAAAUGGAGUAUGCUGUCAUGCCUCGUUGCAAUAUUCACAGGUUUAUCGUCGGUAGAAGGUGGAUACAAAUUCAAGACAAUUAGUAGGAAGGCGGUGCUGGUUAUUCUCGUUUCGGCAGCGGUGUCAAUGUUGCUGGGUGUGAUUCUAUUUGCAGUGAUUACAUUAUUAAAUUCUCUUGAAGUACUGAAAUUUGUUUCCGGCGCGUUUUUUGUAUUGGGUGGAAUGCUAGUGUUGUUUCUAGUUGGAAAAUUUUUAAAAGAAUGCGAUCCAAGUCAGUUGAGUGUUAUGUUUCCAGUUUGGUUGGCUCUAAUCACUUGGUUUGGAGUGAUUUCAAUAUAUCUCACUAUAUGCUUUGUCUUCACAUUAACCUUACCGAAGAUGGGACAGCAUACCUCACGAAUAACGUUUUCUUGGUAG